ACCAAAGAUGUCCGCCACCAGGUACCGUCGGUUCUUGAAGCUGUGUGAGGAAUGGCCCCGGGACGAGACCAAGAAGGGACGGGAUCUGGGGACGUUUCUGCGGCAGAGGGUUGCUUCUGCGUUCCGUGAGGGUGAAAACACGCAGAUUGCAGAUCCUGAGAAAUGUGACCAGAUGUAUGAAAGUUUGGCUCGUAUUAAUGGAAAUGUUUACAGACAGCGGUUUCCUCGCGUGAGAGACACAAGUUUUACAGGGGUCACAGCAGAGGAGUGUCGAGUACUUUUAUCAGGCAGUAUGCAACAGAGCAUGGAUGAGGAAAAGAAGGGUUUAUGGAAGUCUUUAAUGGAGAGAUUCUCCUCCAAAUCACCAGAAGACGGUCCAGAAAAAGCUCCUGAAAAAUAAAGUCUCUUUUCUUUCUAUGUUUGUAUAGAAAUAAAUCUUGUUAUCGUAGUGGA